GUGCAUUGGUCGGGAAAAAAGACACAGCCACAACCCGUCUCGACUUUUCCAGAAAGAUCCAGAAAGCCGUUCAACGUUGCGUAUUGGGUGACUCAACAGUAAUUUAAAUGUAACCUUGAGUCCCAGCAUAAAAAGGCCCUGAGAAGGCUAGCGAGGCGGAGAUCAGCGGGGUUUGGGAAUCGGCUUCUGUGUGGAAGAUUAAAAACUGCUGAUCUCCAGAACACGGAACGGAGGACACCAUGUUAACCCUGUGGCUUGUUGUCUUGCUCGCUGUGAGUGCGAGCUUUGAAGAGCUUUCUCAAGAGAAACUCAAAAAGCUUUCAACCGAGGGACAAAACUACCUAAAUAAAGAAAUUGAAAAUGCCAUCAAUGGAGCAAAAGUUAUGAAAUCGCUUGUAGACAAGAAUGACCAAGAACACCAGAAGUUCCUACGAAAACUAGAACUAACCGACAAGCAAAAGAAGGAUGCUCUUGUGGCUGCCAAGGAGGCCCAGAGGAAACUGAACGAAGCGGAGAAGUGUCAGCCCAGGGAGUCCAUGUGGGAAGAAUGCAAGCCCUGUUUGAAGCAAACAUGUAUAAAGUUCUACUCGCGUGUUUGCAGAAGAGGCUUCAGUACCGUUGAAAAGGAAGUGGAAAAAUUCUUCAAUGAAACGUCGGUAGACUCUGUUUGGUUUAACGGUGAGAAAAUGGAUUCGCUGAUGGAAAAGAAUGAAGAACUGAGUGAACAAUUUGAACAAGUUGAAAGACAGUUUGAAGACAUGGAUGAAUUUUUUAAAGAGAGCUCCAAGGCCUUUGAAGCAAUGGAUAGCUUUACUGGUGAUCUCUUCAAUGGCAUGGGUUUCUUCCCAAGGCAUUUUUCCUUGUUUCCAGAUUAUUCCUUUCCCAGAUUUGGAUCCAAUGGCUUUGGACAUGGAAUGCUUUCCUCGUUGUUCGACAUGACUCAGAGGAUGUUUGACCAAUUCCAUAGAAUCAUCAAUGAUCCCGAAUUAAAUCCAGAACUAUUUCCUGAGGGAGAAGAGCAAAAUGGGACAGUAUCAUCAGAUGGAAAUAAUAAAUUCAUCUGUCACGAAAUACGCCGGAACUCGUCUGGUUGCAUGAAGCUUUCCAACAAGUGUGAGAAGUGCAAAGAACUCAUGUCCUUGGAGUGUUUUGACAAAGAUCGCAAACCUUUACGAAAGACUUUUGAAGACUCCAUCUUGAUGGCAGAAAAACUUGGAAAGAAAUAUGACAAUCUGAUGUUUGAUUUUCAAGAAUACAUGAAAAACCAAACAAGAGAACUGGAAAACCUUAACAAACAGUUUGGAUGGGUGUCUAAACUGGCAAAUUAUACGAAAAGCCCCGAAGGGUUUUACAAAAUUAAUGCUGUAUUAUCAAGCUCUGAAAGCAAUCCUGAUACCAAUGUCACGGUUCAGAUAUUUGAGUCACCUCAGUUGACUUUCACUGUCCCCGGCAACUCUGACUGGGAUGACCCAGAGUUCUCAGAUGUGCUGGCACAGAAAGCAUUGGACCUCUACAACAAAUGGAAGAUGGAAGUCUCACCAACACAGCCGCUGGAAACUACGUCUGCGCUGCUGUGCUGUAACCCAAAACCCCAAAACUCUGUUAGAGGCGUGAGGGGAGCAAGUUCCUGCUUUACUUGCUUUGAAGACUACUUCCGUAAACCUUUUAGCAAGUAGCAAAUAGGUUUAUAGCACAAAGCUACUGAAAUCUUCUGCACUACUGCUGCUGGUCUACUGCACUGCUGCCAUUUAACAUGGACUAUUCAAUAAACACUAUUGGAAGCAAAUUAAA